GAAAAAGCCUGGGAAAAAAAUGAUCUUGUUCAUCCUAAAGCCAUCCCAAAGUGCUACUUUGAUGCGUCCAUCGCCAAUAUGCAACCUCUCGUUGCUUUUGGUUCCCAUCGCCUCUUCCCCCACUCUCACUCUCGCUUUCACUCGCUUUCUCCUGGUACUCAGCUGCAAAAUCUCAGACAUUUUGCCCUCAAAACUCGGUGCACCUUCAACAAUGACCGAAGCUCUGUGACCGCCAGUAAACUCGGCAACAUUUGGCCGCUCUCACUCUGCCUGUUCGGAUCAGGCUUCUUCCUGGGUACUCUCAUCGAUGGACUCCACUCCAGGGUCAAGCUCGUCGUCUAUGAAAAUGGGUCAAUUGAUCUUGGCCCUCUCCACACAAACAUCUGGGUCCCUCCAUUGCUGGGGUUGUUCUAUUGCACUGUUGGUUUGCUUCAACUCUACUUGGAUGGAAGAGCUUCUUCAAAGGCUUCACAAGGGAGUUUGGAGAAAACAGCUGCUUCACUGGUAGGACUGGUGGGUUUCAUUGAAUUGAGCGCUGAACUGUACAAAGCUGGAGUGGCAGACAACGUUGAGGCAUACAUUCUGUUUGCGGUGGCUGAGUUUCUGUGGUUGUCCCUGGACAGAAGUUGGUUUGGUUUUGCCUUCGCUUGCGUUGUUGGUCUUGCCUGCCCAUUGGCUGAGAUUCCUCUCAUGAAGUUCUUUAACCUCUGGUAUUACCCACAAGCCAAUGUUGAAAUCUUUGGUCAGGGGUUAGUGACAUGGACAAUCACUUGCUACUUUGUUUACGCACCAUUCCUGGUGAAUCUGUCUCGUUGGUUGAGGUCUGUGAUUCCUUCUCGUUAUUCAGUGGACAAGUCCUCCUAGAGGAAAUGCAUUUUUCUUCACUCGCAGGAAUCAGAGAGAACA